AUGGUCGCAAGCUUUGAGCCUAAUGGACGCGUACGAUCCUAUGAAUACUUUCUUUGUAGAGGUAUUCAAUGGAAUCAACGUAUAGAUGCACUUGUGUUCAUUCCCUUGUUCUACCUUAUGUUGGUGCUCUACGAGUUGUUUUAUCUACAGGAAUACGCAUCCAAUGGCAUGAAAGUAAAUGCACCUGUUGAGGAACACCGCGUCUACCUACGUGCCGACCAGCAAAUGAACUUGAAUACUGUACAUGUACCUAUAAAACCGUCAUCAAUCGUCAAUGGCCGCAAGACUAUCAUCAUGAUUUCCAAUUACCGUGACUCAGUAAGGUGUUCGGAAACACUGCGCUCAAUUUUUACCAGCGCAGUAACCCCAGAUAACAUAAAGAUCAGUAUCUACGACCAGAUUUAUGCGGCGGAAAAUGAACGUCCUUGCGCUCAACAGUUUUGCGAGCUUGUAGGGGAAAUGUUUUGUCGCCGCUCGCAGAUUGUGUCAUCCCAGAUUGACGCCAUCAAUGCAACGGGACCUACAGCUGCGCGAUAUGAGACGGAAAAGGUUAUCACAAACGAAGAUUUUUGCAUGGCAAUUGACUCGCAUAUGGUUUUUGUCCCGGACUGGGACGAGAAAAUUAUGGCGCAGUGGGAUUCAGUGGAGAAUCCAAACGCUAUCAUCUCAACGUACCCGAAGGACAUAAUAAAUAUUGCGAGCCGCAAAGUAGACGACACUAUGCAUAUCAUGUGCCUGGCACGUAUUGAAGUUAAUAUUGCGGACGCAAUGGUCAUGUAUGACCCUGCAUCAGUCAUAAAGAAGAAGGACACACCAAAGGCAAUAUUGGUGUCGCAACUGGCGGGCGGGUUCAACUUUGGCGGUUGCAAGCAAGCAAAAGAGGUGCGGAACGAUCCACACACACCGUUUCUUUUCCACGGGGAAGAGUAUUCACGCGCCGCUCGGCUUUGGACUAACGGAUACGAUUUUUACGCGCCGUCAGAAGACAUUGUGUUCCACUGGUACGAGAAGCGAAAGGUGGUAUGGGAGCGCGACUGGAACGAACGGUAUUUGAUACAGCAACAAUCUAGACGCCGCGUUCGCUAUAUUCUUAAACUGCCUGUCACAAAGGAAGAUUUUGACCGUACGGAUUUAAAAAACUAUACUCUUGGUACGAAGCGAACAUUUGAGCAGUGGAAAAAUUUUUCUGGUAUUGAUCCUCAGGCAAAAUUUAUUCCUCAAGAUAUUGCUCAAUUCAACAAUUGUCGCAAGCUUGAAUACGUGCAGUAUUAG